AUGGCACAAGCAACGCCACAAUUUUCCCUGGCUGAUAUUCAGCAGGCUAUGCUGAAUCUCUUCUACUACAAUAACCUCGGUCAACAGCCGGCACUACAAAACCACUUUGCCUGGCCACAAGCUGCGCACCACGCGACGAACAGGUCUCCUUUUCGUGCUAGUUAUGAUCAACAGACUGCCGAAAAGCUCUUCAAUCAACCUACAAUGAACAGGUCUGACGCGUGGUAUGAGUCUUCAGUAGCGCGGCCGCCACCGCCUUCUCAGGCUUCAGUGUCUACCGCUCCACCACCGAGAAAUCCGCCAUUGGCGGCGACACAUCCCUAUUUGACUUUCCCCCUCUCCUAUCAAUCUGCUGCGGCAGCUGCUGCAGCGGCUGCUGCAGCCACGUCUCAACAUUUCUAUUAUCAAGCCACUCCUGGAUACUACUACCAACCUGCUCCUCCUUCUGUCUCCCCUUCCGAGGCCCAAAACUCCGCUUCUGUACCGAACGGGAAUGUCAGUCAGGUGCCAAAUCAGGCUAGUGCCAUGAACGACUUUAUGGCCGCCAUUGUCACCGCCAACCAAAUGCCGUUUAUUACAGCGCCCACUCCUUCUGCAUACCCUACAACUCCUGCAGGAGAUAUGGGUUACAUAUAUCGCCAACAGCAGCAGCAGCCGAUAAUUAAUCCCGCCUUCUACCAAGGCGUGCCGGCGGAGGGAAUGUUCAAUGAUCCGGCAGCUGGUCUCCCUCGGUCUCACUUUUAUGGAGGUGGGGUGCCUCCUCCUGCUUCCUCCACUGGCGUCGCUGUUGCUGGCACCUCCUCUCCGCUGAAACCUCGAGGUUCCAAGUCUCAUGUCAACGGGGUGCAUCAGACUAGGAGUGCACAAAAUGGUCAUGGGGUGAAAGAAGGAGAAGGGGUAAGUGUGGGGUCAUCUGAACACCCAGUGACGGCGACAACCAAUGGGACAGCAGGCUUAGCACCUACUCUGGAGACACAGAUGGCAAAUUUGUCUGUGGCGGAAAUCUAG